AUGUGUGACAACCAUUUAGAUGGGGAGUGGUAUCGGUUCACUGGGAUGGCUGGAGAUGCUAUGCCUACAUUUUGUAUUCCAGAAAAUCUUUGUGGCACUCAUGCACCAAUCUGGCUCAAUGGGAGUCAUCCAAGUGAAUCAGAGGGCAUUGUGCAAAGACAAGCCUGUGCCAGCUUUGACAAAGACUGUUGCCAGUGGAAUACCACUGUGGCCAUCAAAGCCUGUCCAGGAGGAUAUUAUGUCUAUCAACUUACUAAACCAAGUGUCUGCUUCCAUGUGUACUGUGGUCACUUUUAUGACAUCUGUGAUUUGAUGGAGUGUGGAGGGACUUGUCUGGAUACUGGAGAUUGCAUUUGCAGCUCUGGAACAGUUCUUGGUCCUGAUGGACAAACGUGUCUCGAUGAGAAUGAAUGUGAGGAGAAUAAUGGAGGCUGCAGUGACAUCUGUAUCAACCUGAAGAACUCCCAUCGCUGUGAGUGUGCGAAAGGAAGGUUCUUGAAAGAAGAUGGAAAGACAUGCGAAGAUAUUGAAGGCUGUCAAAAUAACAAUGGAGGUUGUAGUCACAGCUGUGUUCCAUUUGGUGAUACCUACCAGUGCCAAUGCCCACGAGGACUUCUCCUGUCUGAGGAUAACCAUGCAUGUCAAGUUCCAGUGAUAUGUAAACCCAGCAACAUAGAAGUCUCUGUGCCAAAGGAACUAGUUGGGGGUCUUGAGCUGUCACUUACCAACUCCUCCUGCAAGGGAACAUCCAAUGGCACCCAUGUCAAUAUUAACUUCAACCUGAAAACCUGUGGGACUGUCAUCAGUGUAGUAAGUGAUAAGAUUAUCGCAACCAAUCUGGUGACUGGAAUGCCAAAGCAGACUCCGGGAAGUAAUGGUGACAUUAUUAUUCGUACCAGCAAGAUCAUAAUUCCUAUAACAUGUGACUUCCCCAGACUGUACACCAUCUCAGAGGGGUAUGUACCCAAUCUGAAGAACUCACCACUGGAGAUAGUGGGACGCAGCAGAGGCACUUUCCCAUUUAGCCUGGAGAUAUUCAAGGACAAAGACUUUGAUGAGCCUUACAAAGAAACAAAACCGGUGCUAAAGCUCAGAGAUUCCCUAUACUUUGGCAUUGAGCCCCUUAUGCGAGUGAAUGGUCUGGAAACAUUGGUGGAGAGUUGCUAUGCCACACCUACUUCCAAGAUUGAUGAGAUCCUAAAGUACUACUUAAUACAGGAUGGGUGUGCCUCAGAUGAUGCUGUGAAACAAUACAUAUCUAAAGAUCAUCUCGCCAAACAUUUCCAAGUUCCUGUAUUCAAAUUUGUGGGGAAAGAUAACAAGGAGGUGUUCCUUCACUGCCAGAUUUUAGUGUGUGGAGCCACAGAUGAGCGUUCACGUUGUGCUCAAGGAUGCCGAAGACGGAUGCGCAGAGAAGCAGAUAUGGAAGAGGAAACAAGUCACCUGUCAAACCACCUUCUCACUGGAGGACCUAUAAUAAUAGACAUGGAGGAGUAA